CCGAUUCUGACGAGCGCGCUCAUAUCCAAUCGGCAAAGAAGUCUGCCGGUCUCAGUCUGCGUGCAGCUCCCGCUGAGAAAGGCAAAGAAGGCAUGUCGUACACUAAGUUUGUAGCACCCUUGGUCAAGGCAAACUCCGGCAGCAUCCGAAAACUGCGGAUUUCGCCUGCGAGAUGCCGCUCAACAGUCGCAUCCACCAAAACUCGAGAAGAGAAGGAGCAGCAGCAGAUGGAUGGCUGCACCGUGGUAGAGGCUGCGCCGGUUGAACUCAUCAGCCAGACUAAAAAAACUGCCAAAGCUCCGCUGAGUAAAUCCCAUAUCGACUUCGAAAACACACAGGAAGCCUAUAAGAGCAAAGGUAACAUUGAGCUGCUCCGGAGUCUGUUGGUCUUCAAGCUGUGUACGUUUGACAUCCUGGUUGACAAGAACAAAGAGCUGAUGGAUCUGAGCAGGAAGCUGCUUGGACAGUGGAUGUUUGAGAAGCUGAUGAAGAUGACCUUCUAUGGGCAGUUUGUGGCAGGGGAAGACCACAACUCCAUCAAGCCGUUAAUUCGGAAAAAUGAGGCCUUUGGUGUGGGGUCAGUUUUGGACUACAGCGUGGAAGAAGACCUGACACAAGAGGAAGCGGAGAAGAAGGAGAUGGAUUCAUGUGUUUCUGAGGCAGAGAAAGAAAGUCCAGGUGCAGAUCAUCGUGAGAAGAAGUACAAGGCCCAUCGUCAGUUUGGAGACAGGCGCGGGGGAGUUAUCAGUGCACGAACCUACUUCUAUGCAGAUGAGGCCAAGUGUGAUAUCCAAAUGGAGACAUUCAUAAACUGCAUUAAAGCUUCUGGUGGAGCUUCUAAUGAUGGAUUUUCUGCUAUCAAAAUGACUGCACUGGGUCGUCCGCAGUUCCUUCUCCAGUUUUCUGAAGUCCUGGUUAAAUGGAGACGGUUUUUUAACUUCCUCGCAGCGCAACAGGGAAAAUCUCAAAUGACGGUUUUGGAACAGAAACUGGAGCUGGAGCAGCUCAAGGAAAGUUUGACUGAGCUGGGUGUUGGAGCCAAAGAUGACAUAGAGAAUUGGUUUACUGGAGAGAAGCUGGGCCUGUCUGGAACAAUUGAUCUGUUGGACUGGAACAGUUUAAUAAAUGACACAACAAAGAUUUCCAAUCUGCUUAUGGUGCCAAACCUUCAGACCGGCCAUCUGGAGCCUUUGCUGAAUAUAUUUACAGAAGAAGAAGAGAGGCAGAUGAAGAGAAUGCUGCAGAGAGUGGAUAUUCUGGCCAAGCAUGCUGUAGAGAACGGGGUGAGGCUAAUGGUGGAUGCCGAGCAGACGUACUUCCAACCAGCUAUCAGUCGCCUGACCCUGGAAAUGCAGAGGAAAUUCAACAGAGAAAAGCCAGUCAUUUUCAACACCUACCAGUGUUACCUCAAGGAAGCCUACGACAACGUGACCUUGGAUGUUGAGCUGUCUCGGCGGGAGGGUUGGUACUUUGGUGCCAAACUCGUUCGCGGAGCCUACAUGUACCAAGAGAGAGCCAGGGCAAAGGAAAUUGGAUAUGAGGAUCCAAUAAACCCAGACUAUGAGGCCACUAACAGGAUGUAUCAUAAGUGUUUGGAGUAUGUGCUGGAGGAGAUUGAACACAGCAGGAAAGCAAAUAUCAUGGUUGCAACUCACAAUGAGGACACAGUGAAGUUCACCCUCGAUAAGAUGAACGAAAUGGGCCUGUCACCCACUGAGAAUAAAGUUUACUUUGGACAGCUGCUGGGGAUGUGUGACCAGAUCAGCUUCCCACUAGGCCAAGCAGGUUUUCCGGUCUAUAAAUACGUUCCGUACGGCCCUGUCAAUGAAGUAAUCCCCUACCUGUCCCGCCGUGCUCAAGAGAACCGCGGCUUCAUGAAGGGAUCCCAGAGAGAGAGAAGCCUGCUGUGGAAGGAGCUGAAGCGCAGACUGCUGGCUGGUCAGAUUAUUUACAAGCCUGUUUACUAAAUCACAUUUGCAGACAACAUGCAAAGUAUUUCUAGGCAUUCCACCCUUCUUGGUGUACCUCUGUGUUAGCUGCUCUUUGUAGCUGGGACUUGUCUUUCCUGGUUCACUAAACGACGGAGCAAGAAAGACUAUUUUUCAGCUUUACUGACAGAUAUUUUAAAUAUUUAAGUAUUCAUGCAAUACAGUAGUGCUGAAAUAUUGUAGCAGAAGAUGUUACGUCACAUUAAAAUGUGAUUAUUGUGUUUGUUUAACUUUUAAACUGGCCUUGAUAAUUCUUAAAAUCAGCAUACAUCUAAAAACAUUUUAAAAAUAACUUAAUGUGUGUGUAUUUCUAAAUGGUGGUCUUCCCUGAUAGACUGCAUUGACUUGUUCAGUGAAAGAUAAAGUAUGUUUGAAUGCCAAAGUUGGCCUACUUGUGUGCAUAAAAGCAAUCCUGUGCUUUUAAAAAUUGUACUCUUUGCAUGUUGUGUUAAGUAUUGUGUUGAGUUAAAAGAUAAAAGUGCCUUAUGGUUAUUUUAAAAAAGCCAGCAUUUUUUUUUCUUACUGUACACCACUCCAAAGGGUAAACUGUUUUAAUUAGGGAUUAUGUAUGAAAACAUAAUUACUUUGCAUUAUAGCAACUUUAAUUAUAUUAAACCUGCAUACAUCUGUA